UGGACUCCCGACUCCAGCUUUUAUGCAUCCGUUGAACGGGUGAGAAAAAACCUAAUUUUGAACCUAGCCCAUUAUGGAGUAGAUACCGGCACUCUAAACACACUGACUUGGGAGCAAGUAUCCACUGAGUGGCUUUGCGCUGCAAACUCGCCACUUGUGCCAUGAUUAAUCCCUCCCCGCACGGCCCUGAACUCGCAAGCACACCGGAGAAUCAAGCCUAGCAGUAUGGGGGAGAGCGGCUCCUCCGAAUGUCAUGGACGAACCCGACGCUUAAGCGCGGAGAUAGGCCUUGGGAGCAACUACUGCGGGGAAGAGGGGCGCGUCUGCCGGAGAAACCAGCAAACCCUCCGAAGAGCUUGCCGGUCCGGGCGGCGGGGCCGAGUUCCUGUUCCAGGCGUGGCUGCUGCGUGCCUUGGGAGAGUGAGUCAGAGGGCUGCCAAGGCGGUUUCCCAAGUGCCGGAGGAAGGCGGGUUGCAGCCUGUGCAAGGAACAGAAUGUUGUCCCCUAGAUGGUUUUCAUUAAGCAAGGCCCGUCCUGCCCUGGCCAGGAUGCUGACUUCCUCCACCAGUGGCUCCCAGGCUUCCCAGACUAUGGAGGAAGGACAUUCACCCAUUCAUGUGAAUAAUGUGCGAAAUAGAUUGAGGGAGAUAGUGGGAGCAUCUACCAAUUGGAGAGACCACGUGCAAGCAAUGAAUGAAAGAAAAGCUUUACAUACCCUCCUUGCAAAAAAACAAGCUGACCUGCCCCCUAGGAAAAUGAGAGACAGCUAUAUAGAAGUUAUCCUGCCUUUGGGAAGUCAACCUGAAAUAAGAGAAAAAUAUCUGAACGUGCACAACUCGGUCAGGUUUGGCCGAAUUCUUGAAGAUCUUGAUAGCUUAGGAGUUCUGAUUUGUUAUACACACACAAAGCACGAAGCUGGUCAGAUGUCUCCUUUGUCGAUUGUUACAGCGCUGGUGGAUAAAAUUGGGUUAUGGAAGCAGGAUAUUCGUCCAGACUGUGAUAUCAAGUUCGUUGGGAAUGUUUCAUGGGUAGGAAGGACAUCAAUGGAAGUAAAGAUGCACAUGCUUCAGUUUCACGAUGGUGCCUAUUGCCCUGUAUUAGAUGCAACUUUUGUCAUGGUGGCCCGUGAUCCAGAAAACAAAAGGCCAGCAUUUGUGAAUCCACUGAUUCUUGAAAGUCCAGAAGAGGAAAAAAUCUUUAAGGAAGGAGAAGCAAACAAGACCAGAAGAGUUGAUUCCAGUAGGGCUUCCUUGCUAAAAAUGGCUCCCACUGCAGAGGAAAGAAACAUUGUACAUGACAUAUUUCUUAAUACACUGGACUCAAGGACGGUGAGUUUUCGGAGUCGGCUGCUGCCACCCACCGCAGUGUGGAUGGAAGAUGCAAAACUGAAGGGUCUGGAAAUCUGCCACCCUCAGGAACGCAACAUUUUCAAUAGAAUCUUUGGGGGAUUUCUCAUGAGGAAGGCAUAUGAACUUGGAUGGGCUUGUGCCUACAGCUAUGGAAACUCCCGGCCUUAUGUGGUAGCUGUAGAUGAUAUCAUGUUUCAAAAACCAGUUGAAAUUGGAUCUUUGUUAUUACUUUCUGCCCAGGUAUGCUAUACUGAAAAUAAUAAUGCCCAGGUUCGAGUACACAGUGAGGUGUAUGAUCCAGCUACCAGAGUGCACCAUACAACCAAUGUCUUCCAUUUCACAUUUAUGUUAGAAAAUGAGAUACCAAGUAUUGUUCCCAGAACAUAUGGCGAAUCCAUGCUGUAUUUGGAUGGGAAGCGGCACUUUGAUUCCGCCAUGAAAGAAAACAUAGCACCCUAGCAGAGUGCCACCUUUGGAAGGAGAUCGCCUUGGAAACUUUAAGCAUAUUGCUUUUCCACAGGAGGAAAAUAUCAUUUCUGCCAUUAAAAACAGUAUGAUGAUCAUGAAUGCAGAAAUACUCUAAAACACUUUUCUAUCCAUUUAUUGUUUAUUUAUACAUAGUUUUUAGAUUGCUUUUUGUAUUUCAUAUUGGUAUUUUAUGUAUUUUUAAUGCAAAAAGACAAACUACCGGUGUAUGUAUGUAUAUAUAUAUAUAUAUAUAUAUAUAUAUAUAUAUAUAUAUAUAUAUAUAUAUGGCCACCACAGUGGUAAUUUGCAAAGUGAAAGGUAGAGCGUGAAGGAAAUGCAGUGUGGAAUUCUGCUGCUGAACAACUUUUGCAUUCUUCGUUACUCAGAGGUGGUGAUCAGUAUACCAUUUAAAUUUAUAUGCUUAUACUUAAAUGUUUUCUACCACUGACUUCAGUCUGAUAAAAGCAGCCAAAGCUCCUGCACAUUAAUUGAAAAGGGUUAAGCAGUUACAUGGUGUGUCAAGGGCACACCAGGUCCAUGAAGACCAUUACCCUGCCUAUCACAGUAGAACUUCUCUUGAUUUCAGCCUUUGAUAAACUCCUACCAGAUAUGGAAAUGUUUUAAUGAAUAAUGUAUUAUAUCCUAUAAUAAAAAAAAUCAUACGCUUGAUUGACAUAAUCUUGUUCUUAGAAGCUACAAAAAUAUAUUCCAGAUUGCUUCAUAUCACGUCUGGUAAUCUACACUCACAUUGAAAAUGAUUUGGCAAAGAUGGUGUUCCAAAUUGUGUUUUUAAACUGUGCAUCACUGAAGCCCAAGAUUCCUUUUGGAGCUUUACCAUUUUGUUUUUUCUUCUUUUCAUAGAAGUUUCUCUAUGCCAGUUGCAUUUUGAAGUUUUGGGCUAUUCAAAACUGAGAAUGCAACUCACCCUUGUGGAUGUGUGAAGCAUAACCAUGCUUCUACUAUGGAUAUAUUGAGAUACCCAUCACAUUACUGGAUGUCCUGCAUCUGAGAAUAAAGAUACUUGACACUGUA